AAAUGGUUAAUAAUGAAAAAAUGACACUACAAGAACAAAUUCAACCAAAAGAAUUUUUGCUUAAAGAAAAAAACUUGUUUGCUCAAAACCUUGAAAAUCUAGACCACACUAAUGUUAUUACCUAUAAUAUUAAUACGG